AUGAUCCGAUACGAGUGCGAGAAGAGGCCAGGUUCCUCCAACUCCUGCGGCAGGAGUCCCGCCCCCCAGUGGGCGUACGGGACAGGGGAGAGGGCGCGGCGCCCCCUGCCGCCGAGGCCCAUCCCUUGCGACGUGGUACCAGCAAAACCCACCGUGCCGCUGAAGGUGUGGAUCAUCGCCAGCGCGUCCUGCUUCGCGGUGUGCGCGGUGCUGGUGCUGGCGACGGUGGUGGUGACGCAGUGGGGCGCUUCGGAGCGGUACCCCAUGGUCGAACCCCUGGUCAUCCAAACGCCCAUCAGCGCUGAACCGAUGUACGCUAACCCACGGCCGAUGCUGGUUCCGCCCCAGCCGACCCCCAAACCACAAUCAACUCAGCCCACCCACAAACCGCAACCGACUCAGCCAGCCGCCACUGAAUUGCCCACUACGCCCGAAGACUCGGACAACGAAAUCCAAAGCCCGAUCCUCGAGAAGCUGUCCAUAUUCAAGAACGCCGUUGGCCGGGAGAAGACGAAGAAGACGGAAGACGGGAGCUUGGCCUCAAAGCCCCAGCUGCACCCGCUCCACGACACGACCCUGCAGCACCAAGAAAGGAGGAUAGAGAAGAAGGACCAGGCCGUAUACCCUGGGCGGAUGCCGCACCAAAAGCCCACAGCCCAAACAACAAUCGUGCCCGGAAUGAGGAGGCAGGACGCGGACUACUACGAGGAAUACUACAACGACGAGAACCUCUACGAGGACUACAUGCAGAGCAACACGAUGACCAGCUACCUGAUCGAGAAGGUCCAAGAGCUCCACGAGUGGAUCACUUCUGACCCGGACCUGAAGGCGGGGGAGGGGAAAGGCGAGAGGAGCGGCGACGAGUUCGGCCAAGUGUUGAGGGCGCUGAACGACAGCCUUGUCGCCGGCGACGCGUCCAUCGUUAUGGGCAAGCUGAAGGAGAUAUAUCUGGGCGAUGGCGUGGCCCUGUCCAAUCGCUCGCGGAAGGCGAUCCUCGGAAACGGGACGGACCUCCUCUCGUUCGGGAUCCUGACCCUGGACGUGAUACUGCUGCACAAUAUCCAGCUGAUGGCCUGGGAGAACCAGGAAGCCGCGAGGGUCAAAAUGCUCAAGGACCCAGACGUGUUCGCUUUCAACGCCCUGUUCUUGGAGCCCGGCAAGGUGGAGGCGAAGAGGAACGAGGUAUACCGCCACCAUGAGAACCUGGCCUCCAAACGCCAGAACCGGCCCGAGACGGCGCAGGAGUUCGAUUUCGGGAAGAACCUUCUCGAGAACGUCCUGGAGAUCGGCAUGAGCACCGCUAGAGCCGCCAUCCACCUCGGCAGGGCGUACAGGAACACCAAGCUGGUGCUCGCGCAGCUGUCCACCAGAGGCGGCCAGGGCCAGCUGCCGCGAAUAGACGGCGCCGCGCAGGCGAUAGACCGCCUGCAGAGCUCGUACGGACGCGAGGGGAAGGAGGCCGGCGACGACAGGGCGGUUUACACCGACCUCGACUGCAUCUGGACGCUGUACUGCAAGAACUUGGCCGCGACUUCGACCCUCAACGCGCCGUACGGCACCAUGGCGAGGAUCAACGGGCUGGCCCUGCGGCUGCUGACCGGCCAACUGACCGCCGAGAGGGCGUUGCCGGCCGCGCUACACGAGGCGCUCACCGGCCGCGCGGAUCUGCCCUGCGCGCGAAUGCUGCCCAGAUGCAGUAAAGUGAAUGCAGCCGCAGUAGUCAUGGAUUCCAUAAUAUUGCCAGCGAAAAAAGUGCAAUCCAGUAAUAGAGCGCGA